UGCUCGCCUCAACGAAUUGUAUAUGAAAUCCAAAGAAGGAACAACCUUUAGCUACUGGAAGCUAGUUGGCUAACAACCGACAUGGAUUCCCACGGCGGCUGUCUUGUUUUUUAUCGGAGAUUUCUCGUUUGUUAACCGGUCGAUGCUACACAAAGAUUCGCUCGAGUGUGUUGCCUGUGGGAUACCGGCUCGAAAGGAGGUUCGUGUUCGUGGACGUUCAACGGAGCGGCUAGCGAAGUUAGCUUGUCAACCUGACGUUAAGCUAGCCGUCUGGGCUUCGGUGCUCCCGGGGUCUCUUAUAUAAAAACAACGGAUGAUCAGCUGCGGUUUCCCGGAGCAAACGCGACCAUAUAGGCUCGUAGCCGAGAUAUACCGCAUUUAAUCGUGAGCUUUUAACUACUUCAAACCUUAAACUUGGUAUCUGUUGAGUUUAUUUACUAUUUUAACUACGAGUUAGCACGAAAUGCAAGUUAAGCUUCUUACUUGCUAAGCUCGAAAGAUUCUACCGAGUAGCUCACGACUCGACAAAAUGCCGUAGUGUCAUUUUCAUAUGAUUUCGGAGUGAGUUUGUGUAUUUUAAACGAUUGCCAGACUAAUUCCUGGCUGUGAAACGAGGAGGAGGGAGGACUUUUGGUGAGCUGUGGGUUGAGUUGGUAAAUAACGCCGACUAUCAACCUUCGGGAAGAUAAGAGUCGAUGUUUAGCCGGGAAACGGGAUCACGUGCCAACUUUUAUUGCCAGAUAAACAACAGUUAACUGUAUCACAAACCAGCAAUGUUGCACAGAAGUCCUGUUUUGUCAGGGUUGAGGUGGAUCGCAUCGGGAUAGGUCCUAACCUACUUCCAAUGGCCAUCACUGAGCGGCAAUCAGAGGUCUGGUUUGAUGUUAAGACUUUCAAAUAUAGUUAGCAAUACUUUAAGGACAUGAUUUCUGACUGUGUGGAGUUUUGUCUGCUUUUGCCAGACUACCACUGAACCCUUUAGUCGUCACAAGUAUCUGGGAGUAGACGAUGGAGACCGGGGUGAUGUCUCACCAGGGCGAGCUGUUCGUCCACCCGCUCUCCAACCCUGGGGCUCCGGGAAUCUGCCCCGAAAUGUUGGAGGUGGCGGAGGAAGCCAACCGAGCCAAAGACUUCAACCUGGCCGUGGAGAUCUACAGCUCCCAACUCGCAGAUCUUCAGCAACCGGACCGAGGAUUGUGUCUACGGAAGGCCGACUCUCUAGCCCGUGCCGGACGCAUAUCUGAGGCACUGGAUUCCUACUGCACAGCGGCCAGCCUCGGCAAACUGCGUCCGGAGGAGCUUCCCCUCCUGGUGGAAAACAUCGCCCGGGCUCUGCGUGAGAAAGAGCCAGGCCUCACCGUGGCUGUGAACGGGCAUUGCAAAAGCAGUAACGGGGAUGAUGGGGUGCAAAUGAAUGGGGACUGUGAGGAGGAUGAAGCCCUGGACUUGUUUUCAUGUCGCCUCUGCAAGUGUCUGCUCCAUGAGCCCACCACCGUGGACUGUGGACACACUUUCUGCAAACGCUGCCUGGAGGACGACUCUGUUAAAGAUUGUAUACACUGCAAACAGAAGCUGAGCAAAAAAGAAAAACUGCCCAACGGCCUGAGAUUAAAUGUUGUUCUCAGCGGCCUGUUGGAUAAACUUUUUGCAACUGAGAGUAGAGCCAGGAAAUACUGGAUCGAAGGAGAGAAUUUAUGGAAAAAACAGAACCUGUCGGAUGCCUUGGAGAAGUACAACGCAGCAGUGGAUUUAGUGCCCUCUUCAGGCAGACUGCUGCAUCAGCGGGCUGAGUUGCACAUGGAGAUGAGGAGUUUUAGCCAGGCAGUGCAGGAUGCCAGCAGCCUCUGUAAACUAAAACCUCUGUGGACAAAGGCUCACUGUCUGAAAGCCACGGCGCUGAGCAAAGCAGGCCGGAACGAUGAGGCCUUGCAGGAGUACUUCCUAUGUGUGGCGUUGAAGCCCGACUGGACCAAAGUGAAACUGGAAGCUCAGAAGGUCCUUAGUGAGCUUUUCUCCUCCGUCUUUGAGAAUGAGGACCUGCCAACGCCGGUGCACCCUCUGCAGGGAGGGUUGGCCACUCGUCUCAUCAAACCACCUGCCUUGCUGAGGUCCCUGAGGCCGCUCACACAGAAACCAGGCUCCUCCUCACAGGAUUCAGAGUUCAGCGUGACUAAAAGUGCUCCAGUGGACGACUCGUCCUCCAUCCUACCUAUUGUAUCUCCUGGUAAAUCGGACCCUGCUGCAGGGGAGGGCAGCUCCAAGAACCUGGCCAAUGUUUUAGCUGCACUGCCAGCACCCCCCGGUGGCCUUAAGAGGAAACACAGCAGCGAUGGACCUUCAGAAGCCUUCAACCCCCCUUCCAAACUCCUCAGAUCUGAUGAGGCGAGCGUGUUUAAGAAGGCUGCAGUUUGGGGAGGAAGGAUGGUUCCUGCUGAGCUGUUGGACUGUGGAGACAUGGAGUGUUCACUUUGCAUGAGAUUGUUCUAUGAGCCUGUGGCCACGCCAUGCGGACACACCUUCUGCCUCAAAUGCCUGGAGCGAUGUCUGGACCACAACCCCAACUGCCCUCUUUGCAAGGAGAAUCUUUCUGAGUAUCUAGCCACCCGGGGUUACAACAAGACCUUGCUGAUGGAGGAAGUCCUGCAGCGUUACCUAGGAGACGAGCUGGCGGAGAGAAAGAAAAUCCAUGAAGAGGAGAUGAAGGAGCUGUCGAACUUGAACCAGGAAGUGCCCAUCUUUGUGUGCACUAUGGCCUUCCCCACCAUCCCCUGCCCACUGCACGUAUUUGAGCCACGCUACCGCCUCAUGAUUCGCCGUUCUAUGGAGACCGGAACCAAGCAGUUUGGCAUGUGCAUAGCUGAUGAGCUCAAAGGGUUUGCUGACUAUGGCUGCAUGCUGCAGGUCCGAGAUGUGAAGUUCUUUCCUGACGGUCGUUCGGUGGUCGACACUAUCGGUGUGUCUCGGUUUAAAGUUCUCAGUCAUGGUCAGAGAGACGGCUACAACACUGCCAAGAUAGAGUACCUGGAAGACAAGAAGGUGGAAGGGGAGGAGUUGGUGGAGCUUCUGAAGCUGCAUGACUCUGUUUAUGAGCAGGCCAACAGCUGGUUCACCUCCCUGAAGGACAACAUGAAGAGUCAGAUACUCAGCCACUUUGGAAAUCUUCCCAGCAGAGACCCGGACCCACAGGCCAGUCCCAGUGGUCCUGCCUGGUGCUGGUGGCUGCUCGCUGUCCUUCCUCUGGAGAACCGAGCCCAGCUCACCAUCCUGGCCAUGACCUCCCUCAAGGACCGCCUCAUCGCCAUCCGAAGGGUCCUCAUCUUCGUCACUCGCAAGAGGCCGCGGUGAUAAACCGAUUGGGAGAACCGCUCCGGCAUCUAUGCACUUCAGAAAUUAGUUCAUUCUUCCGUUUGAAUCAUUCAUGUACUCAUCGGGUCACGCUUCGGCCGAUUCAUUCACUAAUUUCUACAUGUGUUUACUCGUUCUUUCAUCCAUCUGUUCCUGCAUCAGUUUGCUCUCGGAUGCUAGUGAACUCCUUCCUGUGUCAUGCAGCUUUUUCUCGAGCACGUGUCGGUUCUGUUGAGCAGCAAGUGGGACGGGAUGGUGGCAUGAGGGGCAUUCCUCUCUUCUGUGUGUUCAUCCAGAAAUCCCCCCACCAGCACCAUCAUCACUGAAUGAAUAAAGCUGCAGGGCGUCUCUGAGUGACUGCGCACCUCUUGCUGCCAGUCGAAUAUGAGGUAAAGCCAGUCAUGCCAAGCUGGGACACUUUGGUUAAGGUCUCUUUUGGGUGUUUUUGAUUCUUUGUUAUGAAGGAACAAAUAAAUGGAUCAGGUUCAAGAGGAAUUCAUUUUUCAACAUAUAUUUAACAGCGUUUUAACAGAAGGGGGAAUAGAAGUUGGUCUGCGUGGCCUCUCACAUUCUGUCCGUCCAGGUACAGAUUGAAAACAAAAACUCACCCACUGAAAUAUGAAGCAAAAACAACACUUGGCAUGAUGACAACACAUAAGUGAAUGUACUGGCCUGGCUGUAGUAUGUGAAUAUUUUUUCUGUCCCCUUCCCCUCAUGACAGAAUUGUUACAGAAUCUGUCAGUGAGGUGCACAUGAGGUCAGAUUCCUGUUUGUGCUUCACGAUUGAGCCAAAAUUUGUCCGCAAAAAUCCGCAGCUUUCGAUCUCCUGCCUUGGUGGACAUCACGUACUUUAGAUUAUCUGGGAGAACAUAACGAGAACCAUCGUGUUGAGAUUGUCAUUUUCCCAUGCUAACACUAAAAAAAAACAAAAAACAGACUACACUGUAUGAGAACAAUUACAACUCGAGGACAACAUGCUCCACUUGUUGUGAAAAGAGAUUCAAUGUAGGAAUGGAGAUGAAACAUAAGCCAGGCUUUCACAAAAAUGCAUCCUCUCAGAUAUGGCUGAUCUGGAUCUUUUAUGUCCUAUUGUAGCAUAUCUCUGGGACUUCAAAUACAGACUUAGUUUUAGGGGUUGAUUAUGUAUGUUUAUUUGUUUCGCUCUCUAUCUGCUAUGCCCUUAGGUGUAUGUGUACGGUGAAAUCUUAAUUUGGGUGAUUUAUAUGUAUAUCAAUGUAACUCUGAGGCCUUUUUAAUGUUUUGAUUAAGAAACGUUUCAACCUCGCUCUCUCUUUCUCUUUCUAUCCCUUUCUCUUUACAUGCACACUGUAAUGCAAUUCGAAAGCUUAAAGUUGCUCUAUGGAGUUUUCUUGUAAACAAUUACGCAUUUAUAUUAGAUUUUUCAUGCCAAAGCACUUUGUGUUUCCUCGAGGCCUGACAAAAGCGUUGAAUAGAUUUGCUUUCAAAUAGAACAUUUGCAGAAGCUUAUUUUCCCACUUUGACUGCUGAAAACCAGCUGUUGAUUUGGAAAAAGCUUAAAACUAGUGCACAGUAAUGACCCCAUCAACCAAAUUUAUUUAUUUUUUUAGUUAAAGGUUCCAUGUGGACUUUAGAGUAACACUCUAGAGUCUUUGUAUUUGCAGAAAGAUGAUUGGUAGUGACAUAUUAAACAUGUUAGGGGAAAAAAAAGGAAGACGGUUCCAUGUGAUUUAACCAAGUUAGGUUUCAAGUUAUUUUUUGGAUUAGAAUCUGAAUGUAAACUAGUGCUUGCUUACAAGAAACUCCACUGUACCUUUAUGUCUGAAAGUAGUCUCAAGAGGCAAUAAAUGGAAAUAAUGAUGACCUAAAUCUAACCAUCUCUACAAAUCGUAAAAUGAAAUCUAGUGUGUACAAACUGAAGAAGAGCAUUCUACGUUCCUUCGUGCUCGACUUUAAGCUGUUUCGGUUGUUCUCGUUGGACAGCUAACGGUUGCAUUAUUAACGUGUGUGUAAAUUGUGUCGUUUCUCUGUAAAAUUCUGUCCUUCCAAAUGUUUGUGACUCCACUGCAGUCUCUCGCUCUCCACAUGGGAGCAGUGUUCACAACGUGCUGCAUUUCCCUGGUAUAUUUGUAAAGGGAGCUCUUAUACCUAUUUUUUAUUGCAAAUAAAGAAAAACACCUUAA